UUGGUGGCCCUCGCGGAGGACUGACCGAUCGCGGAUCGCCGCGGCCCGAACGCGGUGGGGAAGGAGGGCGUCCGCCGGGCAGCGCGGCUGACAUCUGCGGUCACGGGGUGACAUCUGCGGUCACGGGGUCGGCCUCCCGCGCGGAGAGCGGCCCCGUGCGUCCCUCCGUGAGUCGAUCGGUGGGUCCGUGCAGCCGGCUCAAAGCCCUGGGCUCCCGGCACCAAAUGGGAGGCUACACCAGACCGAUGGCGGCGGCGGCGGCCCUGUCGGGCCCGGGGGUGCGGCUGUCGCCCUUGGCGGCGGCCCGCGGCUCAUACGGCGCCUUCUGCAAGGGGCUCACGCGCACCCUCAUCACCUUCUUCGACCUGGCCUGGCGGCUGCGUACGAACUUCCCCUACUUCUACGUGGUGGCCUCGGUGAUUCUCAACGUCCGCCUGCAGGUACAUAUUUAGAGCAACUAACUUUGUGGCAUUCGGGGUGGGGGGCCCGGCGGGAUGGCUGGCUUCCACCCACCGGCUCGCCAGCCCUAGAGCAAAGCGGCCAGUUCGACUCUCCCGCACGCAGACUUGCCGGUCUGCUUUUCCACUGCCUUAUCUUUUAAUGUAAAUGGGCGGCUAGAAAUCAUCGUUUGCCCCAAGCUCACAGUACAACCAGGAAAGCCUAAGAUAGAAUGAAAAGGUGAUUCUCUAGGAAAUAGAUAAUUCAAGGAACAAGGAAAGAACUUUAAACUCGGAAAAUCCUCACAAAUACUUGAGAGGCUCUUGCAUCCAUAAAAACACAAAACAGCCCAAACGGUAGGAAAUGACAAUGGUCACAGAAUGCCCGAAGGGGGAAAACAAGAGGAAAGGUUGCUAAGAACUUAAAGGUAAACUAACUGUACCGUAGUGGUCCAACUAGGAGGCAAAUCUUCCAAACGAGAAAAAGGGGUAAACGGACUUUCAACGGAAGGGAAUGAAUUCUGAGCAAUAGAUGGGUUGAGUUAGAAGCUGGAGGAAAUGCAUAUGAUCUGGAAGGCAUACAUUUCUUCAUCCCCAAAGAGAAGCCAAUGGCGAACGGAAACUGCAGAGGAGAACGAACCUUUCAAACUGUACAAGGAAGGCAUGCUUCAAAUAUAAAGCAACCUCGGACGGGGCCUGGUUUUGAACAGUUGCCAGGAGUGGAAGAAAGGGAAUCCGCUUGGACACUGAUUGGCACGUGCACCAUGACUCUGCGGUCACAGAGGAGACCAGUCACCCGGUUCAACUCAGCUCUUCAGUGAACGAUAUCGGAAUAAUCAUUUCAGUGGAAAUAUAAGUUACGGUUUUCCAUUUUUAGACUGAAUCUGUCAGCUAAGAAGGGAAGACAGUUAUGGUUGUAGAACCAGACGGCAAUGUUAGCCACUCGGACAGUGUGGGAGUCCAGGCAAUAAGCAGGCAGGCAGAGAGGAGGAAAUAGAACAGUGGUGUUAUUCUCAGAAAGCAGGAAGUCCAGAUUCUGCCUCUAGUUGAAAGAAUAAGGCAGGU